CAGAUCUAACUCCCUUCCCGGGAUCGUGUGUCGAUGAUGAUGGUGGGUUGAAUGGUGUCGGCUUGUGUCUGUAAUCAUUGGGAGCAUAUUCGGCGCGUCUGGGGGGCACCUGGGGACGCCCGCCCUGUGCCGUCAUGAAGCUUGCAGGGGCGCUUGUGGAUGCCAUUGUGGCGCCACUCACAUCGCGAAGGCGUCCGAAAAAGGCCAUGGGGGGAACUCCUAGGACAAGUCGUUUCUCGGCUGUGCGGGGGGACUACAAGAAACCACGAGUGUGCCAUAAGAGUGCCCACAGAGGACUCCAAUAUAUGAGCACCACGAUCACCACGACUGGCGAAGGAGGAGAAGGCGCGGAAACGGAAUAGCCCCCCAGUUGCUUGGCCAAGUGUAGUAUGUCGCCCGCUCCUGCCAGUCUCGUCCUCCUCGUUCUUCCCCGCCGUCUCCAUUUCCCUUCCCCGCUGCCCCCCUUUUUGUCCGUCUCCCCAACUCCCCUUCCCUGCCCUUUCCCUACCCCUUGGCUGGUGGAGCGCGCGGGGGCCAAGGGGAGGAGGACAGCAGCUCCGAGGACGGUGAUACAUGCUCGCACGCUUGCGUACUUGAAUUCAAUUGCGCGCCCAUGGUAUUCAAGCCCACUGCACCCGUUCACUCGGGCACGGCCCCUCUUCCACGCUCUGCAUACGUUAGGCUCCAGGACGCGCGCGGUGGGCCCAUAAUAUUUAUCCUCGAUAAACCAUGCAGCUCACGAUUGUCGGGGAGCUGGAGCAGGCGUUCCGUGAUCGAACUGCUCAGCCGAUGAGGCCGAUUUGUUGGCAAUGCAUGCCACGUCGCGCUGCUCAGUUGCCAAGGGUGCUGCGCCGCCGAAAUUUCAAACGUGCAGCCCGGUGCCCCUCGCCAUUGGAGGGGUCGGCGGAUUGGGGCGGCCAGGCGGCCACGCUUGUCGUGUGCGACAACGACCGCCACGAGCACGCGCAAUGCGCCAAGAGGCUCGCGGACGAGGCCCGAGGCAUGUGGGGCGCGGACCUGCCCGAGACGGCGUUCCGCGAGGUGCGGCCUGGCUGCGAGGCGGCGCGGCCUGGCGACGAGCGUUUCUACGACUCUGUCCGCGAGGUCUUCGGGCACGGGGGCUCGCUGUGGAUCGUCUCCAUCGGCGCGGGCCUCGCCGCCGGGGCCGGCUCCAACAAGAGGAAGCGGGAGCGGGCGCACGCACUCGCCAUGGCGCUGCACCGCGCCUCCCAGCAGCCGCGGCAUGCUUGGCCUGAGAGCCUGCGGGUCGUCAUGCGGGACCUGCCGCCGCAGGCGCUGCUGGCGGGCGCCCAGCCAAGUGCGCUGCAGGUGGAGAAGACUCAGCGGGCCCAGUUCGACGACGACGAUGGCUUUGACUACGAGAACUGGGGCUCCAGCAGCGCAGCGCAGUCGCCUGGCGGUGGCCGCGCCGGCGACCGCUGGCACGAUGACCGCGGCCACGCCGACGGCCGCUGGCGCAGCAACCGCUGGGCCGCCGACGGCUGGCGUGACGGCCGCUGGGCCGACGACCGCGGGCGCGACGACGGGGCGCGUGAUGACCGUGGUCGCCACGAGCGGGGCGGGCGCUGCGGAGCACCCUGCGGCGGCGAGGUGCGGAGCAGCCCCCAGGACGGAGGCGCCGUGCAAUGCGGGGCCCGCGGGUGCGGUCUGAGGCGCCCUGGAGGGGGCCUCGCCCUCGAGGAAUGGGUGGGGUUGCCGUCCUCUCUGCGGCGGAGGUGCCGGCGGAAGGCCGGCGGCAGCCUUCUCAGGCGUCGGCCCCGGGACAUGUCAUUAAGUAGUGAGUUCAGAGUUCCCAGUGUUGGCCAUCUGACGUUAAGGGUCGUUUACACCAGCAACUGGUCCCCCACUGGAUUGCAGUGGUUGUCUGUCUCCUAGUCAAUCCCGUCGAAAUCGCUAUUGUUGAACUUAUGAGCUUGAUUCCAUUAGGAUCCUUCGGAACUUCACUCUGCCUGCUGCUGGUCAUCCGCUUCCUGUUAAUCAUGCUCUGCCUCCUCCCGUUGCCUUGUGUUUCCUCCUCGUCUGUCUUCUCCGCCUCUUAGUCAUUUCGCUGAGAAGGGAAUGCC